AUGGCUGGAAAUUACUUUUUACUACAUCUUCUCCUCACUGCCGUUCUGGGACGAGCUGCGAAAGCACAGGACGAGACUUCAACUGACAUGGACAUCCAAACAGCCAAUCAUACUGUAGACCCUUUGAUGAUCUCUGUGACAUCAGACGGACCUCCAACUUUGACCACACCUGGAGAGGUGGAGGAGGACACCAUCCCGUCCACUGGCACCCGCUGCCGUGGUUACUAUGAUGUCAUGGGCCAAUGGGACCCUCCUUUUAAUUGUAACGCUGGUAUCUUCUUGUACUGUUGUGGGACCUGUUUUUACCGGUUCUGCUGCCAGUUUCGUCAACAGCGACUGGAUCAGACCUCCUGCUCCAACUAUGAUACUCCAAUUUGGGCAAAUACUGGAAAACCUGUGGCCACCAACACUGAGGUGCAGCCAGACCACGAGCGGGAUCGAACUCAUAUGAUUGUGUACAUCAUCUGUGGUGUGGUGGCCAUCAUGGUCCUGGUGGGCAUCUUCACCAAACUGGGUUUGGAGAAGAGCCGUGGAGGUCAGAAUGACCUCAGUAACUCCAGGACUCUCCAAGAGUUGCUGAAGCAGCCUGGUGGAGAGGCGAGUGCUGUGGAUGGACCUCUGAGCAGAAGCUCCUCUAUUGGAGCAAAUGGCAUUUCUGCCAGGAUGCUUCGCAGCCGCAGUGAGCAAUACCAUCUAAACAAUGCUGGUUUCUCUUUCGGUGCACCAGCUGGACUCUCUCAUCCUCAAAGCAACCUCAGCAUACCAGGCCUGGCGCUCAACAAAUACAACUCUCUGAAAGCAGUUGCUGACACUGCAAACCGGAGCUACUACAAGAGUUAUCCACUGAUGGAUUUCUCCCAGCAUCAUUCCCCUCCUGUAGCUUUCCAGCCAAUUCCAAUGCACCCGAAAGACAAGUCCUACCUACACCAGGUCCUCCCUUCCCAUGACAUCCACUCCCCUCUGUCCAUCUCGAUCCCAACCAACCAUAUGGAGAGGACCCGCAUCCCUAAAACCAUCACCCACCCUCAACUGUCCAGCUCAGCCUUCAAAGCUUGGGAUUCUGGGCAAAGACACGUCUACCGGCAGACCUCACAUCCAGGGCACCCAUCACGACGACAGACCUACAGCAGCAGAAGACAGUACAGCAUAGAAACAAUACCAGAUUUCCUUUCCCAGCCUACGGGCUACGGGGGACAACCACUGUAUCAGCACCAUCCCAAAAUUAAGGCCUACCAGACCAACAGCAAAACAGAAGUCACAGUCUGAGGACCCAGAUAACUGUAUGCACUAACAUUACCAUGUUCAGACUGUGUGGUUGUUUUUACUUUCACUGCUAAACCACUUUUGUCUAAGUUUCUUGUUUUUUUUUCGGUGUCCCACUUUUCUGGGUUCAUCUAAGGCCUUUGUGACGCUGACAACAAUGAGGUGAGCUUUUAGACCGGAACGCAGGAAUGGCACCCGAGGCCACAUUAACUCAAAUGGGACAACACCAUCAACACGUCAGCCUAAAUCUAAUUAUCCUGGCCAUCUUUAUGUAAACACAACCUCAGGAUCAAUUAUGUGAAGUACGAAGAGGCAAAAUGCAACACCUAGACAUCUAGUCUCGCACUAGGAUUCAAGCUUUGCUAAGAGUGCUGAGGUUUUUAGGGUGAAAACAAAUUUCACGGUCUUCCACUUUGGUUUGGGCAGUCUCAUUUUAAGAAAGUCCCCAUUAAAUAACUCAUUAGUUUUAAGGGAAUGAGGAGAAACUACAUGGCAUAAUAAUCCGGUAAGGGUUACAAUUACCUUUGUGCAACCAUGAGCCAGCGAUAAUGAGGCAAACUUGACAAAUCUGAUAAAACACCAUGUGAUGUGACUAAAAAGACAUUCCUAUAUGCUAUAAACUGUAUAGAUGUGUUUCUUUUUACAUUUGUUUUGGGACAAAAAAUGACAGGAAGCAAAGUGGGACAGGAUUGGGGAAAAAACACAAACUGGGACUCACUGGAAGUCACCUAAAGCACAACUGCACUACAUGUCAUAAAUUGCUGCCCACGUGGCUUUCAGAUCCUUCCUCGAUGUACUUCUGUGAAAAUAUAAGUGAAAAAAGUCUUGCUUUUCAGUUUUAUUGGUUCUCCAUUUAAAUCACAGGACAUCAAACAUACAACUUUAAUUUAAAACUCUUGUUUGCUAAAGAGUCUGAUCACCUCUGUUUGUCAAGACUAAGUGUGUGGAGUCCUAGCAGUCAAGCUCAACAAAUUGUUGAACAAGGCUGAUUUCCUCAAGAAACGACGGCAGCAGCUUUGUGCAAUAAUUUGGACCUUGGAAGUGGGAAUGAGGCACAUAAUUCUUGUAAAACAACCUAUGCAAUGGCAAAAAUAUCAGCUCUAGCAAAUUAAUCAUCCUUGACGUCAAGAUCUCACAAGGUCUCUCAUUGCAUUGUUUACCUUUUACUUAUCUGUUUUUCCUUUUACUUGGAUCAAUGGUUUCCAGACAUGUUAUGUAUUCAAAUAGAUGCACAAGAUCAAACUUCAAAACUGAAGUCUAAUGGGGAAAAGUCUUGCACUUCUGUUUUCCAAGUUAAUCAAACCAUCUGCUGUAGGAUCAGGAGAUUCAGGUACAAACGGUAGCAGGAUUGGGAAAUCUAAAAUACUUUGAAGGGGAAAUCAUGGUUACACCACUUCACACACAUACAGUAUAUACUGUUACUUGUUUAUCUAACUGUUGCAUAAAAGCAAUAUCACACUUACAUUCGUGCUGUGACAUUGAAUAUCAGCACAGUUGUGAGGCCUUGUGCUUACAGUCAGACUAACAGCACACUUGCUAGUGUGAUAUUUCUUAAAUGUUCGUAGUAUUAAAAAUGUGCAUAAAAAUGUGCUUCCUAAUUUGUUCCUGUACUGCGGUGUGCUUUGCUUUAAUUCAACCCUGAUAUUCCUAUGAACUUGACAACUUUCUGUUUUAUUAUAUUUAUAUUACGCAUAUGAAUUAUA